AUGGAAGAAGAACAGCCAGAUAACACUUUCUUGACGUAUGCGGCUGAAGUUUUGGUUUCGGGCCACGUCGAGACCUAUGUGCAGAAGAAGCGUGAGGUUUUCCUCGUGCACAUGGCGUGCGACAACAAGAGGGAGGAGAUUGUGCGUUUGGAUGCCAUGGCAAAGGCGAAGGAAGAUGCUUUGACAAUUCCCCAGCAAAUUCUGGACGAGGACACCAAGAAAUUCGAAGAGUACCUCCAGGAAAGAAUCGCCAAAGCUUCCUCCUCUACGAAAGAUAGCGAAAUGCAUGCAAAGGUCAAGCAGGACAAACUUGGGAGAAUCAAAAGCCUGAAGCAACAGAUCGCUACCGUACAAAGCGAGACGAGCAAGCUGAAGGAGGUGAGGGUGGAGUGCGAAAAGUACAAGAUGUUCUUGGAGAAGAUUACUCCGCCAGAAUGGAAAGAGGAGCAGAAGCGGAAGAAAGAGCAAAGGAAGAAAGAACGAGCGGAAAGGUGGAAGAAGGAGCGCCUGGCCCCCUUCAUGGAAUAUCUCGCGCAUGAAGAACAGAAACUCUUCGAAAAGUUUGCCCAGGAGGAUGCUGAGGUCGAAGCUUCAAAGAAGCGCGGCAGGAAGCAGCGACGAAGAGAAGAUGAGGAGGAGUUGCAGCAGCGGCAGCGAGAGAGGGACAGUCGCCGCAAGCGCCUCCAAAAACGGAGAGAGGAGGAAGAGAGGAAAGUCGAUGCGGAGUACGUUGCUGUCUCUUCAGAGGAAGAGCCUGAGCUCUUCUUCAAGGAGCCCCAACAACUCAUGGACAGUUUCACAGAUCUGGAAGAGCUGAAUCUCUUCCUCAUCCAGAGCUCUCAGGAAGCCGAGCAGCAGCUGGACGAGAUUCGGAAUAGCUUUGAAGCCAUGAAGAAGGACAUGGGCCACAAGGUGCAGCAGCUGAAGGAUCAAAUAAAGCAGUUGGAUCAAAGUAUCAAGCAGGAGCAGCGCAGGGGUGAAGAGAUAAAGCAACGCCAUGCGGAGAAAGCGAGCACCGCAACACAGGACAAGAAAUUGAGUAGCUUGGCAAAGAAGGUGCAUGAGGUGUACGCUCGGUGCAAUCUGGCAAGAGACCAGCAGCAGUCAGAUACGCUGCAGAUGCUUGGGGCCAUCGAAUCGCGGAUUGAGGAGUUAAUUCAAGGUCUUGACGAGGCUUAUCAGCAGGAUGAAGAGCUGGUAAUGCGACUGGAGAAGAUCAAAGAGAGCGAUCGGCGUGAGCGAGUGCGCGAGAGCCGACUGAAGGAACAACCGGAAAAGCAAGAGUUCCGAUUGAAGCAAUCGCUGCAACGCGCGCAGAAGCCAAUCUUCAAGAAGGCCGGCAAGCAGCUCAUGUACCGGUCGCCACCUCUACGUCAGGAGCACAAAGUAGUGGAAGACAAUUCUGAUGAUGAAGCACAUACCAGAGACCACGAGGUUUUCGACAUCUACAUCGACAGAAAGACAGGCGUACCGCAUACAACUGCGCCAUCGGAAGAAACGAGGCCUGCAAGCGCCUCGCAUCGAGUCAGGACAACGUCUCACCAAAAGACACCGCGAGACGCGGCCGCUCCAAAAAGCGCGCGGCUGCCCAGCAACAGAGUGGUGGAAAAAGUCGCCUCAGACACUCCAGGCUUGCAAAGGCAUGCCCUGGAUGAAAAGAUGAAAUUGACACUAGCUUUGCUUGCGGUGGCCUGGCCCACUGCUGCGCAGAGCCCCUUCGGCAACGGGCAAAGGUUUGCACCGGGCAAUGUCGGGGCAACCGGGGCCUUCGGCCAAAUUCCUGGCGUUUCUGCGCCCGGACUGCUGACUACCUUGGGCAGGCAGCCUGGUUCUGUCGAUUCAAGCUUUGCAAGACCAUUGGCUGGUGAGCCCUUUCAGCAACCGGUCUUUGCGCAAAUGGUGGAUCCCACCAGGUCAACACCCAACACGAAGGACUGGCCACAAAACGUGGCCUAUGGAUCUUAUGGUCACGCUUCUGCAGGGCUGCCACUCAAUGGGCCAAAUACAAAUUGGCAAGUGAACCAGAGGGCGCCAGAGCAUGGCCAACAUGCGCAAGGCAGCGGCGGCGAGGGCAUGCAGGUGUUCCAUGUGGCGGUUCAGCUCAUGCAGAAGGGGCAGUUGAUGGAAGCCAAGAAGGCAUUGACUGCUGCAGUGCAUGUGCUUGGCACGUCACGGGAUAUUCUGCCUGUUGCCGCGGAGCUUCGACAUCGUAUGGGCUUGCCAGAGGUAUCGGCAGAGCAAGUGGAGGUGGGACGUGACAGAGCACUUUUCGGCCUUGCCCUCUUACCACGUCUCGCUAAGCAGGUCUGGUUGGAAUGGAGGACUGAAGACGGGUCCAUCGUUGGAUGGAAGGUGCUUCUGGUCCUUGGCGGACUUGUACCCGUUCUCUUUCUCCUGUACUGGGACAGAGCACAGAAAGGCAUCUGGAGGAUUCUUCUACGAAGCGGACUUUCCCGGACGGGUCAGACCGAGCCGGAGCCAGAGCAGAGAAGACCCGAAGUUCUCGAGCCGAGGUUCAUUCCAGCCGAUGCUUCCAUCGGUGACGAUGCUGGGCAGCUGAACAAGAUCGACAGACACGAGCAGACGGAUGCUCAUGCUGUUCCAAGUGACAGCCAGCCUAUCCUGGCAGAGGAGCAUGUGGAACAGUACAGCAAGGCAGAUUGCGAGGAUGAAGAAUUGGAAGAGGAGCCCGCUUCACCUGGAGUUGGAAGCAAUAUCAUCGAAAGCAACGGGGCCGAAGAUGACGGCCUUGUCGAAGCUGGCAUGCUUGUUGACGUCGUGGAACCUGCGAAGCCUGCCAUUGCCGCAGUGGGUCAUGCGGCGGACGAGCAGAAGGAGAUGGUCACGACAGGGAAAAGAGAGCGCAGUAAUGCAGCCUCUAAGCUGCCACCCAAAGCUGAAGACUGGGGCUGGGGAGCUGGCCAUCCACAGGCCGCAAGUGAUGGCUGUAUCUAUUUCGCUGGUGGUCCACCUCCGGGCCGCCAGAUCCAGCCAACAGCGCAAGCUCCUGCCAAAACAGGACGUCGAUGGCAAGCUGGAGGGCGCACCUCCUCAGUGCCAGACACCUCGUUGGAGGAAGAAUUGCUCGAGCUUGACAUCAAGCUGGAGCAGGACGGCAACUUCUUCCUUGCCAAGCCCACGCGCUUCCGACCGCAGGGGUGCUUCCUGCGGCUUCAAGGCGGUCAAGAAGCUUUUUUGCCUGUGGAGCACAUCACGCCUCAUGCCGAUGCUUCAACCAACGGUGUUAGAAGCAUCGUCACUCAAUCGUCCAAAGGCGGACGCCUACGUGUUCGGGAAAUCGGUGCCGGCCGUGUUUCCAUGCUAACACCAAACGAAGAGGCGCUGAGAUGCAAGGAGUUGGAAGCAAGACGUCGGAACAUGGAGGAAAAGAUUGAGCAGCUGCGGGAGAGCUACAAUCCUGCGAAAUGGAUCAUCGGCUUCGUUUCUGCAGUGCAGCCCAAUGCGGUCUAUGUCAGCGUUAUAGAUGGGCAGGAUGCCAGGAUACCUCUGAAGGACCUGCCAGAGAAGUUCUUGAUGCCGGCGGAGGAUGGCUCUGGCGAAGCCAAACCAAUCCUCGAGAUUGGCCAGGCUGUGCAAUUCCGGCUUGUUCGCUACUCGUGGGGAUCCGAAAGUUUCGCGGCAUCCAUGUUGCCUGUGGCGGAAAGACAGCAGAGGACUCGCGAAAGAGAUCGCCCAACGGAGCUCGAAGCUGAAAGGCCUCCAUCGCCAGAUCGUUCAGAAGGAGCCAAAGCAUGGGCGGCCAAGGGGUACAGCGUGGUGACGCAUGAAGCUGCAGUGGAGCUGAAUGGCUGGAUUCGCUCCAGUAUUGAGGAGAAGAAGUCGACGAAGGGCUCGAAGGCACUGGUCAAGACCAGCAACAAGACUUACCUGGUCAGCGUUGUCCGUGGCAUGAAUACGAAGGCUGUUGGCAGCAUCGAUGUGGAGAAAAAUGUUUCGGAUAAGGAGGUUAAGCAAGCCGCCGUGGACCUGCUCUUCAAGCAGAGCCUCUUGAAGGCCGGGGAACAGCACAAAGGCAUUGUCAUCGCAAAGAACAUCAUCAGCAUCAAAUUGUGA